CCAGAUUGAUCUCGAAGCUGCCCUGCUAAGCUGCCCAAGCUACUGCCCUGGGGCUAAUUUGGACGCAUGAAAACAAGGAACUCUACUCUUAAAAGACGCGUACAUUCAAUAUUGAAAACGACAGCAACCGUGGUGAAAUUCACGGCUGGAGCCAUAGCUCAUGGAAUGCUAGCCCUGGUGAAAUUCACGGCUGAGAUUAUCCCCGAAAUCGUUGUUGGCCUACUCUCCGGAUAAAGGCUGCCCCAGCCCGCAAACCCAGAUGGCAGCCCUAGACGAGGACGACGCGGCGCAGCGGCGGCGCCGGAAGCAGCGCCACGAGGGCGAAACCCUCUUCGAAGAUGGCGACGUCGCAGAGCACGGUCAAGAGAUCUUCGAACCCCUUCCGAGCCGGCGCGAGUGGGAUCCAGCGGGCUACCUCCGCAUCGAAGUUUUGAGAGACACACUGGCGCGGCUCUCCACGCCAGACAAGCGGCGAGCCUUUCACGACCUCGCAUCAAAGAAUCUGGCACGGUGGGCCUCGGGAGCGCAGCAACCGUCGUCGACCGUUGUCGAGGUGCUGCCGGGCGACUGGGGCGACGUUACCCUGACGCUGACGAAGAGUUACGGCCGUACCUUCGCAGUUCUCAACAUGGCAAACGCCUACCUUUUUGGAGGUGGCUACGCCCACGGCCAGGUAGCCCAGGAGGAGAACAUGUUCCGGCGCACGGACUGCGCGGACCGGCGUCGCUUUACUCGCGUGGCCUAAAAUGGACAAUGCGCCCAACCAGGGGGGGAGAUUGCGGGUUCGAGUCCCGUCGUGAGUUUGUACUCACGGUCCGCGCGCGCAGGCCACUUCCACGACGAGGGAUACAGCCGAGACGAUAUGGAGUACUCGGACGCCAUGCACAGGCUCGUGAGCGGUCAGGACGGGCGCGUCUACCUGGACACGGCGAGCCCGCGCGUGUGUAUCAAGGGGCCUGAGGAACGUGAUGGAUUGGGCUACGGCCUGCUGGCGGACGAGGACGUCUUCCCAUUUUUUGAGUUGAGAAGCGCCGCCGUCGACAUGCGCGGCGCGUCGCAGAAAAGCUACGACAAUGCCGAACUGCGGAAACGCAUCGCGGCGCAACUAGACACCUGCAUGGCGGCGGGCGUGCGACACGUCGUGCUCAGUGCGUUCGGCUGCGGCGCGUUCCAAAAUCCGAGUCCCAUCGUCGCCGAGACCUACAAGCAAGAGGUGCGCAAGAGGAAGGAGCACUUCGACGUCGUCGCCUUCGCCAUCUUCCACGCGGGCUACGGCCCGGACAACUUCGGCGUGUUCCGCGAGAUUUUCGAGGGCGCAUGACAACGACCCCAAGACUACGCACAGCACCCAAAAAAUUGCCUUAUAAGCACGUGGCCGCGGGUUCGAAUCCUGCCUGAAGGAUCUCCUUCAGUAGCUCAGCGGCAGAGCACGUUUCAUUGUAGUCUGUAAGAAACAUAAGUUG